GCCAUGUGAUUCAACCAUACCAACACAUUAAACCACAGCUGCAAACCUCUUCUGUCUCCCUCACUCUCUCUCUCUCUCUCUCUCUCCAAACGGAAACGGAAAGAGAAAAGAGAGAGGGAAACAAACACCCUCUCUGUUCACAGUCUCACAAACAAACAAAGAAAUUGAAAAGAAAAGAAAAACAUAUAUAUUUAUACAUAUAGAUAUUUAUUGAGAGAGAAAGAGAGAGAGAGAGGUGGCAAUAAUCAAUGAAAAAGGAGAAGACUAUGUCAUACCCAAACCCAUAAAGCCAAGCCAUGUCCAAACCCAUUUCCAUUUCUUCCACUCUCAAUCCGCUCCGCUACCCUCUCCUUGCCAAUGCCGUCAACUCCGUUAUCUCUCCGUUGAACCAUCUCUCUCUCCGUUACCUCCUCAAUGUCGUCCCCUUCUAGCCUCUUCUGCUCCGAGGACGCUGCCGACAUCGUCUCCUGCGAUGCCGACACGUGGAUCUCCCAUUCUUCAUCGUCAUCGUCGCCGCCGUCGUUGUCGUCAUUGUCAACUUAUUCUUGUUCGCCGUCCGAUCAGAUCAACGUCGACAGACUCAUCAACUCCGAACCCGACCACAUGCCCGACCCGGAUUACGUCAGGCGUUGCCGUGAUCGUUCCGUCGACGUUGCUGCUCGACAAGAUUCCAUCAACUGGAUCUUGAAACUUCAUGCGCAUUACCAUUUCAGUCCGGUGACGGCUUUUCUCUCCGUCAACUACUUCGACCGGUUUCUCUCCUUCCAUUCUCUUCCGCAACCGAAUGGAUGGCCGUUUCAUCUACUAUCAGUGGCGUGUUUGUCUUUAGCGGCGAAGAUGGAAGAACCUCAGGUCCCACUUCUCUUGGACCUUCAGGUUUUCGAGUCCAAAUACGUUUUCGAGCCGAAGACGGUUCAGAGAAUGGAGCUCUCAGUCAUGGCCACUCUCAAUUGGAGGUUACGCUCCGUCACGCCCUUCGAUUUCAUCGACUAUUUCAUUUCCAAACUUCCUCCUCCUUCUUCCACUUCCAGUCAUGACUUUUUCAUCCGGGUCUUCUCCGCUUCCUCGGAUCUCAUCCUCAGCACAACCCGUGUGAUCGAUUUUUUGGGUUUUUCGCCGUCGACGAUCGCAGCGGCUGCUGUACUAUGCGCCGCCGGCGAAUUUUGUGACAAUUCCGAGGGAGUGAGCCCAGUGACGGCGUCGUUUCAUGAGAGAGUAAACAAAGAAAUGGUUAGAAGCUGUCACCAACUAAUGGAGGAGUAUCUGAUCGACACGUGUCCCGCAGCGGGCCAUAAAAGGCAAAGAGUUCAACCGGCGGCGCCUCCCAGUCCAGUCGGCGUCCUCGACGCGGCUGCUUGUGUUAGCUGUGACACGCGCUCCGAGACUGCUGGCUCUACCAGCCAAGUCGAGCCGCCACCUAAGCGGCAGCGAUCCUCUGCCCCGGAUGUACAGCAGCAGUAGAUAAGACCCACCCCUUAUAUAUAUUAUAUAAAUUAUAUUUUCUCUCUUUAUUUUUCUUCUCAUCUUUUGUUAAAGAGAAAGAGGGAGAGAGAAGAAAUUUUUUUUAAUUUAAAUUUAUUAUUAGAUUUUUUUUUUUUUUGUCCUUUUCGUUGCCAUCCGUCGUCGUUUACGACGUUUAGUAUAAAAACUACAAAGUUUGGAGUCGAGGGUAAAAAUUCUGAGGCUAGAUAGAUUUUUGUUAUUUUAUUAUUCCAAUAUUAUCAAGCUUUAUUUAUUUAUAUACACUUUAAUUUGUUUAUUAUAAUAUAUAUAUAUAUAUAUGUAUUUUUAGGUACUA